AUGGCAGAGUCACCUUCCACCCCCAAAAUGUCCGAAGGGGAACAGGCCGCUGCUCCAGCCGAGCACCUUAACAUCAAGGUGACUGACAACAACAACGAGGUCUUCUUCAAGAUUAAGCGAUCCACCCAGCUGAAGAAGCUCAUGGACGCCUUCUGUGAUCGCCAAGGAAAGCAGCAGGCCACAGUGCGGUUUCUCUUCGACGGCACUCGAGUCCGACCCGACGAUACCCCAGAGACUCUCGACAUGGCCGACGGCGACACCCUGGAAGUUCACCAGGAACAGAUCGGUGGUUAG